AACGCCCAUCUGAAGCUCUAUAAGAAUUAGCAUUCGCAUUUAAGAGCUUAAACUGGGUUUAAUUUACACCAGACCGAACAUUCAGACAUAAAUUAAUGGAAAAUAAAUGGACAUCCAAUAGUACGGAUUAAAUAUUGAGCUGUUUUAAUGUGCUUAUAUUAAGUAUUAGUUAGCCUACAGCUUUAAAACAUCGGGGAAUCAAAGAGCAUGCUGGUGAUUCGCCUCACAUCGGACUCAGGGGAAAAUGGGACAGUAAUAAAACUGCUUUGUGAGCCUCCCACCUCUGCUUGCAUGAUUGAUCCCGAGUCGGAGCGAGCCCUCAACUGGUCCUUAAGCAGUGAAUUCAACGCCACUGCUGCUCUGCCAGCCUUCGCUACAGACAAAUGGAGCAAAAGCAACUUCUGGAUCGGUCUGAACCUGGCCGUGCUCUCAGCAUUUCUCAUAGGAGGAAGUGUGAUCCUAAAAAAGAAGGCAUUGCUGCGUUUGGCUGCAAAUGGGCUUACCAGAGCAGGUGAAGGAGGACAUGGCUACCUGAAGGACUGGAUGUGGUGGGGUGGACUUUUAACCAUGGGGGGAGGAGAGGCAGCAAAUUUUGCAGCGUACAUGUUUGCUCCAGCAACUGUAGUCACCCCACUUGGAGCCCUGAGUGUCCUUUUCAGUGCAGUGCUUUCCUCUCAUCUGUUCGGUGAGACGAUGAACCUGCUGGGAAAACUCGGUUGCAUGCUCAGCCUUAUAGGAAGCACAAUAAUGGUGAUACAUGCACCGGAAGAGGAAGCCGUGACUAACCUGAAUGAAAUGGCCGAGAAAUUGUUAGAUCCAGGUUUCCUGGUGUUUGCCAGCAUCCUCUUCAUCGCGUGUCUGGUCAUCAUAUUCUACCUUGCUCCCCGAGUCGGCCAGACCAACAUUUUAGUCUACAUAAGCAUCUGUUCGCUUCUUGGGUCGUUCACUGUGUCUUCGGUAAAAGGCCUGGGCCUCGUCAUCCGUACCGCCUGUUACGAUCCCUCCGUCUUCCAGGACGCCCUCACAUGGAUCCUCUUACUGACCCUAGUAGGAUCUGUCAUUGUCCAGAUCAACUACCUGAACAAAUCUCUGGACACUUUCAACACCCUGCUGGUCUAUCCCAUCUACUACGUCUUCUUCACCACUGUAGUGCUAACCACAUCCAUCAUUCUGUUUAAAGAGUGGGGCUCCAUGUCAGGCGUGGACAUGGUGGGAACCAUAGGGGGCUUUCUGGUCAUUGUGCUCGGCGUGAGCAUGCUCCAUCUCUUUAAGGACCUACGUGUGACUGUAGAUGAGUUGAGGAGUAACCUGUGCCAGCCUCAGAUCCAGCACAGUCCUACUAAGAGGGAGGACAAGCACGUGCUCAUUGAAAAUGUGGACACAUUACCACCAAUGAGAGAGGAAGGACCCAGAGUCUUCAUCAUCAGCUGAGAAGCACAUGGUGUUUUUGGAGAAAAAUGUACUUGUUUCAAACUACAGGACUUAUUAUAACAACAUAUUUUAUAGAAAAUUCUAAUUCAGGGAUACUUGGUCUGCCAAGAAACUUUUGGUGUCUGAAAUGUACUUUUUGCACUGGAUCUAUGCAGGUAAGGUAACUAGACACUUCCAGACACUUUGUUGGAAACAUUGGGCACAAGCAGUGAGUCUACCCUGAUAGGCCAUCAGUCCAUGACAGCACUAAUAUUCGAAUUUUCUUAAACAGAUUGAAAAUGUGCAAGUUUUCUUAUAUAUAUAUAGUAUAGUUAGAAGUCCUGUUACAUUUGUGCUAAUAUCAUUAUUAUAUAAUAAUUAUUUUGACAUUUGGAUACAAGUAAUCACUUAGUUGUCACAGCUUGUAGAGCUUGUAGUGGGUUGAAUCCUCAAUUCCACUCCUUGUCUGUGAGUUGUUUCACAUGUUCUAUCAAUUCCACCCACCUCCUGAAAACAAACAGAAGAUAAAUGGGCUAAUCUACAUCGCCCUUUGAUGUAAGUAAAUAUACUAUAUAGACAAAAGUAAUGGGACACCUGACCAUGUGCUUGCUGGACCAAACCAUGGGCAUACUGUAUAUAUUGACUUGCUAUUUUUUCCUUUGUAGCUUUAGUAACAUCUUCUCUUUGGGGAAGCCUUUGUACAAGGCUUUGGAGUGUGUCUGUGGUAAUUAUUGCCCAUGUUGGUAGAAAAGGCCUGGCUUGCAAAACGUUUAAUUCAUCCCAAAAGUGUUCAAUUGGGUUAAGACCAGAGCUCUGUGUAGGUAACUGGAGCUUCUUUGCACACAACUAUUCAAACCAUGUUUUUAUAAACCUUGUUUUGUAGUCAGGGGCAAUAUCAAUCUAAAAGAGAAAGGGGAUUUUCCCAAACUGUUUCCGCAAUGUUAAACACAUCAUUUACCUCAUAUCAUUUUAUACACCUGUUAGCAAUGGAUGUGGCAGAAAUAACUAAAAUCAGCCAUUGGCAGGCAUAGUGUAUGUGACAGCCUGCGACGGACUGGUGCCCUGUACAGGAGCUUUCUAUUAUGUAUCCAGUUUUUUAGGGUGGUGCCAGACCUAUUAUGACCUUGAUCAACCAAUAAUCAUUUAUUUAUUUGAUAUUAUCACUGCAUCAUUGAAAUGAUGCCAGUCAUUUGGGCAACACACACUUAACCACUCACCCACUCAUUCACUCACACCCAGGGGCAAGUGAACGUAGCCAUUUCAAUUUCUGCAUAUUUUAAGGGGUGGAAGGAAACCAGUGUACUGAAAUUAUGCAAUACUCCAGACAGUGACUGAAGACAAGGACUGAUACUAUGUACCCAUGCUACCAGUUGCACCACUGUUCAUCCACACCCUAAACAAUGCACUAAAUCUACAUAGAAUUUGUUUAGUUUAUUUCAUGCACCUUCUAGCGUUUUCUUUUCAAAAUAAGAGUCAACCAAAUACCAGUUAAUUGUGUAUGACAUCAAAUCUCUGAUUGUAAAAUCUGUCCUGUGUUAACCUGUGACAUAUGCAAGCUAACAGUUUAAUAUCAGUCAGCAAGCCAGCCUGCUAUUAUGGGUUUACAGCUAGGCAUAAGGUGUUUUUAAAUUGUAUAUUCAUAAACGUUCAUAUUUCAUUGUAUUUUUGAAGAUUGUAAUGAUUUAGUGAAUAUUCAGGUCUGUCUAUAUUACUGUUUGUGGAUUUCAGUCUUUCAGGUAUUCUGUUAUCAUACCUUUUUUGUUUUAAUAAUUUUUUUAGUAUUAUUCCAUCUUAGGUAUAAUAGUUUAAAAUGUUAAAUAUUAGACAUCUUCAAUAUAUCCAUACCUGAUAUUACCAUAUAUGGAUAAACAGACUUCCAUUAAUUGUUGUAACAUCAGCCUUGCAGCUCCAGUGCAAAAAACAUCUAAUGGACAUGUAACACAUCUUGGUUAAUUAGCUACACUUGGUAUAAGUGUAAAAUUCUGUCAGUGUGUUUCUCUGACCAACUAUUUCUUUUAGUCUUGCUUAAUAUUUGGACGUUUAAAAGGCGUCUUCUCCGAUAAAAGUGAUUCAUGAUGCAGCCAGGCUAUUGCUGAUGGUGCUGAGUAUCAGUUAUAUGAGGAGAAGCUCCUGAAAUAUUAAUAUAUAAUGAUUAUUAUAGGUGAUUAUUUUCAAAUGUAGACACUUUAUUUUCAGUACUUUUUUAUGUUCUCAUAUACAGCAACACUGUAUAUAACAUUGUUUUUAGUAUGUUUGUAACAGUUGUAUAUGAAUUUUACAAGUGCACUUUUGUCAGCAGAACAGUGUGUGCUUUCAGACAGAGUAGAGACGAAGCUUUUUUUUGUCCAUGCAACCCAAUGCAAAUUUGUCGAAACUGCUGCAGCUCUGCACUUGCAUUUAAGAAAAUGUUCAUGGAAACAGAGAACAGCAUUCAGGUCACACAAAAACACCAAGUUUACAUGCUUACCUCAAAAACUACAAAAAUAAAGGUUGAAUGUCAAAAGGUGGCACGUGCAAAUAAUAAUGUGGAAUUUUUGUAUUUGUAUCAAUCUUGUAUUGAAUGAGCUGAUUAUUUUCCCUUUUUCCUGUCGUCCUAAGGAAGAACGAUCAGUUGUGUAUGGUGUGUUUGAUGGCUUCAGGCAGAGCCAAUUGAAAUGUGAACUUUGCUUUAAUUACUGUGAAGAAUUCAUUAGAUAAAGACAUCAAGCAUAAGACAAUAAAAUGCUGAUCUUGAGGACCGUCAAUGGUGCAGGACAAUGUACUUGUUUUAGAUUAAUCUAUUAAACAAUAUUUUCUUGA